AACACACACACAUACACUAAUUAUUUAGAGAAAAAAAUAAAAUCGAAAUGGACGAAGAAGACAGUGAUCGAAGCUCAGAAGCAACUCAUUUUCAAAUUCUUUCAAGAAACCAACAACAAUUCCAUCAUUUCAAUAAUGAAGAAUUUGAUGAUGAUAAUAAUCAGACAGACUUUACUAAUGACUUCGAUACGACAACACCUCCCCAUAUGGAAAUCGAUGAUUUUUCCACACCUUUUCAAUCUGAAACCCUAACUUCUGGUUUAGCAGAGGUGCCGAUACAAUAUGAAAUGAGACAGGAUGAAUUGGAGCAUUUGAAGAGUCAGCUUCAAGGAAGUCAUCAAGAAGCCUUGGCAAUUGUUAUAGCUCAGGCUGCUCAAGCUCAUGCACAUGCGGGAAAUGAGAUUCAAUUACCCGGGGUUCCAUCUUCAUCUUCUGAAUUAUCACCUCCUAUUUCGAUUCCUCCUAGAUUAAAUUCACAAGAAGAGAUACCCUCAGUGGAAGAGACUCCUGAUAACCUUUUCAUAACAGAAGCCGAACAGAAGCUUACAUCCAAUUUUAAAACAGUAUCUACUUCACGCGCUGUCAAGACACCCGUUGAUGGAUACAAUUGGAGAAAAUACGGGCAGAAACAAGUGAAGAGUCCUCAAGGUUCUCGGAGCUAUUUUAAGUGCACUUACAGUGAAUGUGAUGCUAAAAAGAUCGAGUCUUGUGAUCAGUACAAUUCUAUCAUUAAAAUAGUUUAUAAAGGUCAGCACAAACAUGAUCCACCUAAGAAAGUGUUUGCCAAAAGAGGCAAGUCUUUUUCGGCUUCUUCUAGAGAACAGGAACGGAAUACGAUGUCUACACCUAGAUCUAUGCAACAUAAGUCGAUUUCCCCUAUCAGUAAUGGUCAGAUUUUAGUUGAGGAGAUGGACCUACCACCACCAAAACGGAGAGUAGUAAAGAAAACCAGCUCGACAAGUCCUGGUUCUGUUCUGAAACCUCCAAAAAAGCCUAAGUUUGUCAUACAUGCGGCAAGUGAUGUUGGGAUCUCAGCAGAUGGUUAUAGAUGGCGGAAGUAUGGACAAAAGAUGGUUAAGGGAAAUCCCCAUCCCAGGAACUACUACAAGUGCACUUCUACAGGAUGUCCUGUUAGGAAACACAUUGAAAUGGCCGUUGAUGGUUCAUCUGAAGUAAUACUAACAUACAAAGGAAUUCAUGAUCAUGACAUGCCCACACGCACACAAGAGCAAGGACCUCCUAAAGUUCUUCUUCUCACUGCCGUCUCUUCGCCCUCCAGAAACACCUCACAAUUGAAGAAAGGUGCAACUGAGCCAUUAAAUGGUGUAGCCGAGAAAAGAUGUGUUGAGUUGGUUCCAAUCCUUGCUAGUGACAAGAUUGAAGUUUGAGGUACCUUGAGGAUUAUGACAGGUUUAACUUUAGCUACCUCUUUGUCAAGACACUCCAUUUUAAUUAAAUAAAUUCCCUGGUAGAUGUAGUGGGUUUUGUUUAAUUGAGAUAGGUUUAAAUUCUCAGGAAGUUGUAGUUUAUACAACUUCGGGCGUUAUGGUAUAGUGUUGCCUAAAUAUAUUGUUUGGAGCCUUAGAUGCGACAAUUUUGACCUAUUUACUUAUAAAUGGGUCAUUUUGAUUUA